AUGCGUCUUGGCCGAGUGUGGAUUUUUGCGCCAGGACUUCGCGACGGAACCGCGAUCCGGUUCUCCCUCCGGUUGCCGCCGCCGCCGCCGCUGCGUGGCCGGCAGCAGACCUGCCCGGCACCGUUCCCUUCCCCGUCUUCGCCAGAAUGCACACGGACACCCGGACCCGGGUGCGGCCGCGACCUUCCGGCCGUGCCGAGGGACGUGUCCUCCCGUAACGCCUACACAGGCGUGUCGGUGGACCAGGGCGGAUGGACCGGGCGUGGCGUGGCCGGCGAGUGGACCCAGGACCGCCUCGGAGGAUCCGCCGGCGACCAGGAGCCUAGAAGGCGAGGUGUACCGAUCGACCGCCGCGGGCGGCGGCCGCGGUAUCGCGCUGCCGACACACAUAGCCACGUCACGCGCAUCGGACCCUGGUCUCUCACAUACACGAGCGACGAAGCGACGGUGCGCAUUUGA